AUGGCAUUUUUUAAGAGCUUCCAGCAAAGUCUCCCCUCCAUGUCUGCCGUAUUGGAAUCGGUGUCAGAAAAGGUUGAUGACCUGGCUUAUGCACUGAGUGAUGUCACAUUCACGGUGAGCGGAGAACUCGCUGAACAUGUCAACACCAUCAUCCACAAAGUCCAGGCCGAGGAGCUGAAGAGGAUUCGGAAGAAGGAGGCGGAAGAGAAGGAGGCUGCAGCACGGCAGGCCCAGGAAAGAGAUCCUUUUCUGUGUAGGACUGAAAUCCAGACCCAGGCUGCAUGUGGCCUAGUGAAGGACUCUGAGCCUCAGACUACAGGCAACGACACCGGUUCACUGCUGUUCACUGAGACUUUCUCUACAGAAAGCGACCUCUCACAGGCUCCUGACACACUGAAAGAAAAGUUCAAAGCGCAAAAUGGUGCCGAUUCACUUUCUGUACUACAACAAAAUGGAUCCUGUGUUAUAGAAAGAACUGAGUCCACUAAACUAAAAACAUCUAGAAGCCCAGCAGAUGGUGGUGAGGAGAAGAAAUCUAGUAAUAGUGAGAGACCUGCUGAAGAUAAGAGCUGUGUGAAUGCAGACUAUCACUGCUCGUCGUCAGACAGUGAUGAUGAGGUGAUUGGCCAGUACCAGGAGGCAGUGUCUCGAUCGCAGGGUCUCCAGGGUGGUUCAGCGGGGACUAACUCGCACCACCAGAAGGGCUAUGGCUGGGACACACGGCAGAAAUACUACCCCCUAGCGGCUGAAUAUGAUGGCUACAGCAGCGAGGCCUCAGCAGAUGAUGUAAACUGUAUCCAGCGGAUGAGACGGACUCCACCAUUGGAUGAGCUGCAGCCUCCACCCUAUCAGGAUGAGGAUGGGUCCCCACGCAUGUCGUGCACACCCUCUGACCUGGGCGAUGCCAAAUGUGACCUUUCCCAGGGGAGCGAGAGCCCCAGACACAGCUAUGGAAAAUGUCCGAGUGAGGUCAGCGGAGCACAGGAAACGGAGAGUUUCCUUAAUAAGGGCUAUGAAGAAGAUGUACCGAGUGACAGCACUGCUGUACUCAGCCCAGAGGAUCUGUCUGCACGUGGAUCGGCGGCUCAGCUUCCCAAAGGUUACGACCCUGAGCCUCUUGCUCAAUAUGGAACUCUCGAUGUCAUCUUCGACUACGAUUCGUCCGACCAGCGUCUGUCCAUCACAAUAACGGCGCUGACGGACAUUCCUUCUCUCAAACGCACGGGUAACAUCUCCUGGCAAGUGCAUCUGGUGCUGCUGCCCACCAAAAAACAGAGGGCCAAAACCAUCGUCCAGCGUGGCCCCUGCCCCGUCUUCACAGAGACAUUUCACUUCAGCCAUAUCGAGUCGGAGAUGAUCGGGAACUACGCCAUCCGGUUCCGCUUGUACAGCAUCCGCAGGAUGAAGAAGGAGAAGGCUCUCGGAGAGAAGGUGUUCUACCUCACCAAACUCAACCUGCAGGGCAAGAUGUCGGUCCCCAUCGUACUGGAGCCCUGCUGCAACAUACCUGGCAGUGACUCUCAGGCAAGCGUGUCAGAUGUAUCGUGCAGCGAGACGGCCUCGUCGUUCCCAUCUGCUGGUCAGGGGUCGGCUCCUGAGAUCCUGCUGGGGCUUGUGUACAACGCCACUACAGGACGUCUCUCUGUGGAGGUCAUCAAAGGAAGCCACUUUAAAAACCUGCCAGCAAAUAAACCUCCCAGUGAGUCCAAAAGCUGUUUAACAUGAUUGCUUUAGAUAGCCAUUCCAUAGCC